AUGUCUGGAGGUGUGGAAGUUGAGAAACCUAUACAUAGGAUUGAGCAUAAACCCCAGCAAAAAUACCACCAACCACGUAAACCAAAGCGUGAAGGAAAACAAGGUAGCUAUUCAUCAUCAAGCAAAACACAGCAUCAGAGGUUACAAGAUAAUCGCAAGUGCUCGGGCUGUGGAGGUAAUCAUGGUGUAGGGAAACGUGAUAAGGUAUGCCCGGCCUGGGGAAAACAAUGUCACAAGUGUCAGCGCAUGAAUCAUUUUGCAUCUGUAUGCAAGGCUACAACUCCGCAACAAGCAGCUAAAACACAUUUUGUACAAACCAAAUCAUCAGCAGAACAUGAACUGACUAUGCCAACAGAUGAGUAUGAAUUGCCUUUAUAUAAAUCAGAUACCAUAGGAAGUCAUGUUAAACCGUAUAUGUGUACGGUCACUCUAAAUGGCAUACCAACAAUGAUGGAAAUUGACACAGGAGCGACGACAAGCUUAAUUAGCGAAGCACAAUUUAAGCAGAUACAAUUAGGGAAAUUGAACCUAUCCCUGAUAACUGAAGAGUUACCGAAGCUGCGAACCUAUUCCGGAGAAAUCAUUCAGCCAUUGGGCCAGGUGAUGGUGGAGGUAGGUCACGAAAACCAAAAUUAUCAUCUUCCACUUUUGAUCAUACCGGGUAAAGGUCCAAACCUGCUUGGAAGGGAUUGGCUACAACGAUUCCAAUUAAAUUGGUCAACAGUUCACAGGCUAGAAGGCAAUGGGUUCAAAGAAAUGUUCCCAGAACUUUUCAAAAAGGACCUUGGCACGUUAAAGAAUU